CAUAUAAACAGGAUAGUCGCAAUGUGCACCAUUCACACGGUUACCAACGCCUGCAACAAAUGACGACACACGUGUUAAAUGGUUUAAAGACACCUGCCGGCAAAUACAUAGUAUAUCGGCACCAGCUACGUCAUGAAUGAAAUGAAAAGAGGCGCUGAAUGACGUCAGAAGACGACGACCAAUCACGAAGGGAAUUUCAACGUAAACAAUGAUGGCUGAUCUGAGCCAUCAGCUGACGUAGUAGUAGGACGAAGGGUGGGCUUGGUUGUCAGGCAUAUCACCAGCACCAAUGGUGUCCAUUAACUGAUAAUUAACCCUUAACGACCCAGUUAUGUCAUCGGAAAGCGAAGUCGAUGAAUUCUAUGAUGCCUGUGAUACUACACCGCAUCGACUGACGGGCAGGUGAGAAGGAUAAAGCUGUCAGGGGCCACGGCUGACUUAAACCAGCGAGGGGAGACAUAGGUUCGGUAACAACCACCCCACAGAAGGAACAAUACAAAAUAGACACUUUUCCAACUUCAGAUGUGGCCGUGGAAGGGGAUCUACAGUUUCAUUCAGAAAAGGGUGUAGGCAAUGAGAAUGAAUCAUCACAUAUGUCUUCACACACCCAACCCUUUUUACAUCCUCUAAAAGCAUUUCAGCUAACUAAAGAACAAAAGGGGACUGAAGAUGCGAAGCUUGAAAUAUCUCCUGCUGGAUUGGAGAAAGAGGAACAGGGUAGCUUAAGUGGAAUAAGUGUUGGAAAACACGAUGUUGAAGAAUCAAGUAGCGCAUGUAGUGGUUCACUUUUGGGCAACUUGGGUGAUGAUGAUGAUGAUGAGACAGCCCCAAGAGUUCGUUCGGGUGGGCGAAGACGCACAAGACAUAGGGAGGUGCGCAAGCAAAUGCAAAGGGAAGAUGAUGAUCCUCCAUUUCCUCCUUCACCUGCAGGUAGUCAGUCAUCAUCCCUGGAUGGGGUGUACCCACCUGAAAGGACUUCACAUCCUUUCCGUGUAGUAGAACAUGAUACUGCAAGUGUAUACAGUUCAGUUUCAUUAGGGAAGGUUGGAAAAAUUUUAGCAGGCAUGGAAGCUUUAACUAUACAGGAGGGCCAACUAACACCAACCUCAGAAUCAUUUCCUGAAAAUAAACCGCUUGAACAUCUAAAAGCUGUUCCUUCUAAAGAUAUAAUCUCUGCAGGAAAACUAUCAAAUGCAGGUGACUUUGGAGGCAUCACUAUGUCCCCAGAGCCAGAUUUAGUUGCUAGCACAAAAAGUAGUUCAGGUAGUGACAAGUCAAAUAGUCUUCCACGUGGUGCACAAGAAUCUUUGCCAGCUGUUAUAUCGUCAGUAGAUCCCACCUUACAGCUGCAGUUAGCAAUAACAGAAAGCACAGCAUCUCAACAGUUGCCUCAGUGUGAACCUUCAAAAAGUCCUUAUCCAAAAGAAGGCUCUCCAGCAAGGUUGCUGUCACAUCCUUCCACAACUGCUCAUAAUCAACCCAUUGAUAAUCAAGCAAUUUUUGUUCGAGGUAAUAUUCCUCUUUCAAUCAAUUCUCCGUCAUUCAUUGGUCAAGAUCAACAUUAUGUACCACCGUCUCAACACACUUCAGGCUCAGGGAUACCCAGUUCUGGCAUUGUUCCCGUAGCUCCACCUCGAAAAAGACGUCGAAACAGACGCAACACUGAUGAUGAUACAUCAAGUGUAGCCAGUGUGUCAUCAUUGCCCUCCCCUGCACUCACCAUAGGAGCCGUAGAUGCCAUAAGUAUAGGACAAUCCUUAGACCUACGCCAAGCAAUCAGAGGAGAUUAUCUUGUGAAGCCUCAGGAUUCAGAAAAUGCAAAAGCAGUUGGCCCUAGUGCCGAAGAAAUUGCCCGGAUAGAGGCUGAAGAUACCACAAGUCAAGCAUCCACACCAGAGGUAUCAAGGGCUCCCAGUCGUUUAGCAGAUGAUUCUACGCAACCACAAUCCCCUGAUGGAAUCCCAGG